AUGAUGAUCAACUCUUCACCACCAUCACAAACAACAACAACAACUGCGCAAUCAGAUUCUACAAAACGUUUACGUUUAACUAUUCCAAGAAAUACUAAAACAGAUUUGUUAACAAAUACAAUAUCACCAGAAAAAAUUGAUGAAAAAAAAAAUCAUAUACAAAAAAAAUCUAUUGAUUGUAAUAAUACAAUGACAACAAUGAAACAACAAUUAUCAGCAUCAAUUGAUAAUGAAAAUGAUACAACUUUAUUAACGACAACAACAACAACAACAACUGUUGAAUUUAAAGUUAAAACAACGAAAACAUCAUCAUCAUCAUCAUCAUCAUCGUCAUCAUCAUCAUCAUCACGAAAACGUAAACUAAAUAUUGUUGAUGAUAUGAUGAAUGCAAAUGAUAAUAAUACUGAUGAUAAUAUUAACAAACAACAACAACAACAAUCAGUUAGUAAGAAAAAGAAAAAACAACGAUCAGCAAAUACUGAUACAAUUACAAAUGAUGAAUCAUCAAAUAAUGAUAAUGAUCAUCAUCAAAUACAUUCAAAAACAGUUGAUCAAUCAUCUGUAACAGAUGAAUCAUCAUUUGGUUCAUGUGAGCCAGGUACAAGUGUAGUUUUACAAGGUAUUGUCUGGAAUGAAACAGAUAAAGGUGUUCUUGUUGUUAAUAUCACUUGGCGUGGCAAGACUUAUGUUGGUGCAUUGCUUAAUACAACUGAACAAAAUUGGGCUCCACCACGUUAUAAAUCCGAUGUUCGUACAACAAAACAUAAUCGUCAUAAUCAUCAUCAUAAUCAUAAUCGUGACUAUUUAUUAACAUCAACAACAUCAUCAUCACAUUCAUCGGUUCAUUUACAAUCAAACAAUGAUUUAUUAACAAAUGAACCGGCUGAAAGAAUUUUACGUAAUGGUAAACGUCGAGGUACAUAUACAACAGUAACACCAAGUCCAACAACAAAAACAAAUUCAUUUAAAAUACCUGAAGCACCACCAACAAGAACAGAUGAAAUAUUGGCAACAGAAAAACUUAUUGAUAAUUGUUUGGGUGCACCAUCAUCAUCAUCAACAAGUAUUAAUGAUGAAGAUGAUACAAAUUCCAUAUCAGGUGAAAAAACUCUUGUUAGAAAUGGUGUUGAUGAUGAAACAGGUGAUAAUUGUUCAAGUCGAAGUGUUAGUCCAACAACAAGUGGUGCAAGUACAACAUCGUCAAGUCCACCACCAUUAAUACAAGAUAAAACUAUAUUACCAUCAACAACAAAUAAUAUUGAACAACAUCAACAUCAACAACAACCUCAACCAACAUCAACAUCAUCAUCGAUACCUAUUGAUUUAUCAAAUUCAAGAACGACAAUCAAAAUUGAAGAAAAUUCAUUAUCAUCUUAUAACUCAAUUAUUCAAACACCAUCAUCAUCAAAAUCUUUAUCAUCAGCAGUAACGCCUUCAUUUUUAUCAUCAUUUACAACUAAAACAUCAAAAUCAAAAACAAAAGAAACAUUAUCAGCACCACCGUCAUUACUAUCACCACAUCCAUUUAGUAAUGGAAUGCUUUUUUCACCACCGGCUAAUCCAUCCGGUUAUUAUCCUCCACCGCCACCGUCGUUUUUACAUGGACCGCCAAAUCCAUUUGGUUUAUCGCCAUUUCAUCCACAUCAUCACUCACCAACAUCAUCAUCAUUACACAGCAAUAAUAACAAAAAUAAACUAUCACCAUCAUCAUCAUCGCCAUCCGCUAUUUCACCUUCAUCUUAUUUAUCGAUACCUCCACAACUUUAUUUUAAUCCAUUGACAGCUCCCCGUUUUCCAUCUGCCUGUUCUUCUCCUUCAUCUUCUUUAUCUAAAUCGUCACGCUAG